AUGUCGGACGAAUUCGAGCAAAGACCGACUGAAACCGGCUAUCAUAUCACUGCAAGCGGGCAGUCGACCGACCAGACAUUUCGCAACGAUGAGCAAAUAUUGGUGCCUGUUUCUACUGACAGAGGAAAUGACAUCCAAACUAACGAAUUCCCGAAGCCAAAGCCCCUUUCAAAGGUGCCCUUGUCAAGAACCUACAGUACUGGAGAACAAGUUUCCCAGAUAGAGAAGCUCCCGGUCAAGCUAAACCGAAAUUACGCAAAUCAGAAUCAAGACAAUCGAGACGUGCGACCACUGGUGACAACCAGAGGAUCUUCAAACGCGCCGAGGCCUCCGCCUGAUUCAUACCAGUCAGAUCAGCAUUACCCACCACCACCACUACAACAACAACAACACGAGAAAUCCCAUAGCGGCUUUAGUAACAAGUUCACCAAGAUUAAAAAUGGUUUGCGUGGUGGUGAGUCCAGCCAUGGGCGACGCUACGAGGACGACUAUGCUCGCAUGCAGCGGUACAAGAAAGAACGAAACGAGGCAGAUGACCGGUAUGAAGAACUUGAAAGAGAGAUGAAUGACAGAAUAUUGGAAUUCGAAAGAGCUCUAAAAGCGGAGCAAGACAUGGUUGAAGCUAUCAAGCUAUCAGCCCACGAACUGCAAAAGACCAAGGACACCAAGGUACUCGUCUUUGGGGUGCAGGAAACCGACGAUGUCGUUCGUUCGAGAUUUAACUCCUUGCUUGACGACAUUCGUACUUGGGCUUCUGGCUUUGUCUGUACUAUGGGACAGGAGCUGCAUUUUGAUGAGCGAAAGCAUUCAGAGUAUCAGCAAGUAGCUCGAUCCUGCGCGACACUGGAUCAACUACACGCCAUUGUCAAGAGAGAAAAGCCAAAGCAAGACAAGAAGCAGAAACGGCAUUUCAUUCGCGGCUGGACCUCAUGCGUGAUGAUCAAAUUCCUGUUUCGGACCCUGGACGAACAAGGCAACGCCGGUGAAGAUGUUGUACUCUCUGAGGAGGACUGGAAGGCAUUUGAACGUCUUGAGAAUAUCCUCUGGUUUGCAGAUGAUAAUAUUAUUUCUCGACGCUCCUUCAACGACUGGCGAGCUUUGACUGUUCACCUUCUAUCCGGAGCAACCAAAAAUCCUCUACGAGAGGAGCGCCUCAAAGCUCGAACUAAAAAUGCUGUACGCGAAGUCAUGUCUCUAGUCCAUGUCUGGGCAGACUUCGACAAAGUGCAGGGUCUUGAAGCAAGACUCUUUAACAUCUUUCAAGAUGCGCUUGUCUUUUCGCACUUCUUACGUCAGCAACGGGCACUGUGGACUUUAAGGCUUCCAACGAUGCUCUCUCGUGUAGGGCCGCUGAUGUUUGAUACGGGGUACAUGAAGGACGAGAACUUGAGCGACGACGAGGGUGAUGGCCGCGCCGGUGGUACACAGUACAGACAGAAAUCCGUCUUGUUGGUUAUCUCACCUGCUUUGUACAAGAGAGGCACUAUGGAUGGGGCAAAGUUUGACUCGGAGCUGGCUGUUGUCCCUGCCAGAGUUAUCUUGACUACGUCUUAA